AUGCCUGGUGAACUAUUUGAGAUAGAUGGAGAAGCGAAGAAACGUGUGUGCUAUUUCUUCGACUCAGAUGUGGGAGGGUUUCACUACGGUCCUGGUCAUCCAAUGAAACCCACCCGUAUACGGAUGUGCCAUUCCUUAGUUAUGAACUACGGACUGUACAAGAGGAUGGAGAUAUUUCGUGCGAAACCCGCUACCAAACGCGAGAUGACGCAGUUUCAUUCCGACGAAUACGUUGACUUCCUAAGCCGUAUUACACCGAGCAAUAUGAAUCAGUUCAUCAAAGAGCAACAUAAGUGCAACGUUGGUGACGAUUGCCCUGUAUUUGACGGUUUGUUUGACUACUGCUCAAUAUCUGCUGGAGGGUCAAUGGAGGGUGCGGCUCGACUAAGUAGAGAUAAGUGUGAUAUCGCGAUUAAUUGGGCUGGAGGUCUCCACCACGCGAAGAAGAGUGAAGCAAGUGGAUUCUGUUAUGUGAAUGAUAUUGUUUUGGGCAUCCUAGAACUUCUGCGUUAUCAUACACGAGUUCUAUACAUCGACAUUGACGUUCAUCACGGAGACGGCGUGGAAGAAGCUUUUUAUACGACCGACAGAGUAAUGACCGUCAGCUUUCAUAAGUACGGGGAGUAUUUUCCCGGCACUGGUGAAUUACGGGAUGUGGGGAUUGGAAAAGGGAAGUAUUAUGCUCUGAACUUUCCUCUUAGAGAUGGAAUCAACGAUGGAAAUUACAAAAGUGUAUUUGAGCCGGUCAUUCGUCAGGUGAUGGCUUCUUACAACCCCGCAGCAGUUGUGCUGCAAUGCGGUACAGAUUCAUUGGCAGGCGAUAAGCUCGGGUGUUUGAAUCUAUCUAUGAGAGGACAUGCCAAUUGCGUAAAGUUUGUUAAAUCCUUUAACAAACCACUCCUUCUCCUCGGCGGUGGCGGUUAUACUAUGCGCAAUGUCAGCCGGGCAUGGGCCUACGAGACUGGUCUAGCUACAGGAGUUGAACUCGGUCCUGGUAAACGAUAUUUCCUAUAUUUACUCCCGAACUAUUCGUCAAUCAUAUCUUUUCGGGCAGACAUCCCAGUGAACGAAUAUUAUGAAUACUUCGGGCCCGAUUAUCAGCUCGAUGUGAAGGCUUCCAACACGGAGGAUAUGAACACGCCUGCAUAUCUUGAGCGAGUCAAGAAUAUCGUUAUGGAGCAUCUACGCAAUGUUGGGGGACCGCCCAGCGUUCAGAUGAUGGAUAUCCCACAACUACCCAUCGACGCCGAAAUAGACGAUAUGAACCAAGAUGAAGAUUUGAUAGAUCCUGAUGACCGACAACCAACAUCCCACCUUGACAGGCACGUUCAACCCACUGGGGAGCUGUACGACUCCGAUGAGGAGGAUGAAACCAGACGGCGGAACCAGACUUCGCACCGGGAACUUGAUCGUGAGUCGUCCAGCAGCAAUGGUAGCCGCCCAGCGCGAAAGUUUGGUAUGGGCGUCGGGAUCAUGACGGCCCCUGGAACCACUUCAACACACGGUGCAGGACCCAGCGGACAUAUGACCACUGCUUCUCUCGGGAUCUCAGCAAUGGACGUGGACUCGGCUGCUGUAUCCAGGCGUGUAACGCCUGAGCAAACCGGUGAUGAGCCAAUGAUCUCUGAUUCGAGAAAUGGUCGAUGAUAGAGAGCGUAACGUUAUGAAGUUCUCGUUUUUCUUGGUGGAUGUUCUAUGUUUUGUUACUGUGUCCUUUGUGCCGAUGCUCAUUUUGUUGUACUGCUGAGAUGUCUACCAACCAAUCUGUUUCCUUCGAC